AUGCUCAUCUUGCGGUGUCUUUGCCAAUUUAUAUUCGUCGUGAACAUCGCUCUAUGUGCAGUGAUUUCUUCCAAUCGUACUCUUCUACGACUACAACAGCCACCUGAACCAACCUCGAUAAACUCAUCAUCGGCGACGAUUGUAGAUCCAUCCAUUUCAGCUGACACAUUUGUGCUCGGCAUGUUUCCGUUGGCCAAAGGUGCCUAUUUAUUUAAUGGUGCUGACGAACAAGAAUGGCAGAUUGGUCGUGAUACAGAUGCAACAUUCGUCGUCUAUGGUGAGAAUUUAAAUGGGUCUGUACUCUCAUUUACGAGUCAUCCUCAAUCGUGUUUAUUGGAACGAAAAGAUCGUUUAUACACAUUGACAGUGAACACUCAAGGUCCGUACCAGCGCAUGAGUGAACGUGCUUUCUUGACGAUCAAUCUGCCUUAUUAUAAUUCAACGUUGUACGUUUGCCUUCAACUACCUAAUACAUCAUAUCCGAUUCAUCAAGGCGAUCGGCCGGCUUUAAAAUUCAUUGUCACUAGGCGUGCUCUGCCUGUCUGGGCGACGAUUCUCUGCUUGAUAUUACUUCUCUCUCUAUCCGGUCUUUUUUCUGGUCUCAAUUUGGGCCUUAUGUCAUUGACACCACACGAUCUUGCCGUCAUUCAAGAAGCCGGUACACCAAAUGAUAGAAAAUACGCCAAACGCAUUUAUCCAGUACGUAAACGAGGUAAUUUUUUACUGUGCACAAUUCUUUUGGGUAAUGUUCUGGUCAAUUCAACUACAACAAUUCUACUCGAUUCAUUGAUAAGUGGUAUUCUAGCUGUGGCUGGUGCCACUUUUGCGAUUGUCAUUUUUGGUGAAAUCAUUCCGCAAGCUAUUUGUUCACGGCACGGCCUUAAAAUUGGCUCUAAAACUAUUCUUCUCACUCGCAUUUUCAUGAUCAUUACAGCUCCUAUUGCUUUUCCUAUCAGCAAAGUACUGGAUCUUAUUUUGGGUGAAGAAGUCGGCUCCACUUAUACACGUGAUCAAAUGAGCGCAUUAUUGAAACAUACACAAACGACUGAUAUUGAAGAAAGUGAGAAAAAUAUCAUGAGAGGUGUGUUAAGUUUGAAAAUGAAGAAAGUCCGUGAUAUAAUGACUAAUUUAAUCGAUGUUUUCAUGCUCGAAACUGAUCGAGUUGUUGAUGAUGAACUCGUGUUGACUGUGCAUGGCUAUGGAUACUCACGCAUACCAGUUUACGAAAACCAACGUGAUAAUAUUAUCGGUUUGGUGAAUAUUCGUGAUUUUGCUCUACUUGAUACGGAAUCAGGAAAAUUCACUGUGAGAAGUUUGAUGAAUUUUUAUAAUCAUCGUUAUGGCAAAGUGAUUAUGUCUGAUGAUUCAUGUUAUGAUGUUUUCAAUAAACUUAAGAAAGAACAAUAUCAUAUGGGUGUUGUCGUUGAACACGACAAUAGUAGUGAGAAAGAUCCAAAGGUAAGAGCCGUGGGUAUUGUUACAUUGGAAGAUAUUAUCGAAGAAAUGAUUCAAGAAGAAAUCAUUGAUGAAACUGAUGUAUUUACUGAUAACCGUGGUAAAGUUCGAAAUAUGUUAUCGCAAGCACCCGACUUUUCGGUAUUCAUCCAUCAAACGGACACAUCUGAUGAGACGACAAAAAUAUCAGCUCAAAUGAAAGUUGCCAUUUUACAAUUUCUUUCAACAACUGUCGAACCGUUUGCCUCACGAUUCAUUUCAUCGCACAUUCUUGCUCGUUUAUUAAAUGCUCAAUUCUAUCAGGAAUUCGAAUACGAUGAAGAUAGAACUAAAGAUGAUAAAGCAACCUAUAUCUAUGAGAAUGGAAGACCUGCUGAUUAUUUCGUGCUUAUUCUCAGCGGACAAGUAGAAUUGAUAACUGGCAAAGAUAAAAUUGUAAGCGAACUCGGUCCAUUUUCGUAUUUCGGUGUGAGCGCACUUUGUAAUUCCGAUAACAAAGUGGAAGAUAUUUUACGAGCGAAAGAUCUCAAAUUUCGACCAUUUAUACCAGAUUUCAGCUUACGAGUUUGUGAAGAUGUGCAAAUUUUACGCAUUCGUCGAGCAGAUUGGUUAGCGGCUAUACGUGCGACAUUCUUUGACAAUAAACAAAAAGAAAACGGUGGUAUCCCAAUGGUCAAUCCCGAUGGCAAACAGAUUGAUUUAUUGACACAAGAAUUGGAGAAAGCAAAUUGUGUCGAUCGAACAGGGACAAUUACUAGAACUUCAAGUAACGCAAGUGAUAAAAUGCGUGAUCGAACAAUGUCUCUGACGCCAGCAACAGUUUCCGGACUUGUCAAAACAGAGCCCGAACGUUUUUUCAGUCGACUUCGUUCAAAAACUAUUUCACAUAAUGUGGAUAAUAAGUUGUCAGAAAUUGCUACGCUUUCAAAUGGAAAUGCGCCCAGUUUAACCGAUAAACAACGCCAUCAUUUAUCUCGAAUUGAUCAGACUUAA